UAAACACAGAAAGGAAAGUAAAGUUUGCGGUGAGCAGAAAAAAAAGGAAAAAAAAGGCUACACAGUUUACAAGCUCUCUUCUCUGUUUCUUUCUAAAAUUUGUCCUUAGAAAAUCCUUCAAAAAAAAAAGAGAAGAAAAGAAAGAAGUUCAAGUGGGUAAAGACUUUCAGGGGCAAAAACCCAUUUCUUCACCAGCCAAAACAGAAAAAAAGAAGAGAAACCCAUCGACGGUUACUGUACUGCCACUUCACCCCACCACCAUCACCGCCUAGCUCGACUCGAACUGGGUUUUCUCUGAAACUACGAUAUGAUAAUGUGAGAGCUUUGGAUUUUGCCCUUUUUUUGUCUUUCUUUUUCCUGCCUGGGGUUUCUCUUUUAAAAGUUGGGCUUUGUUCGAGUAAAGAGAAAUGGAUCGAUCAGAAAUAACAGUGGGACCAGGGAUGGACAUGCCAAUCAUGCAUGAUAGCGAUCGUUAUGAAUUGGUUAGAGACAUAGGUUCAGGGAAUUUCGGGGUGGCUAGGUUGAUGAGAGAUAAGCAGACUAAUGAGCUUGUUGCUGUUAAGUAUAUCGAGAGAGGUGAGAAGAUAGAUGAAAAUGUACAAAGGGAAAUUAUCAACCACAGGUCUCUGCGGCAUCGAAAUAUUGUCAGAUUCAAAGAGGUCAUAUUAACACCAACCCAUCUGGCUAUUGUGAUGGAAUAUGCAUCUGGAGGAGAGCUAUUUGAGCGGAUAUGUAAUACAGGCCGGUUCGAUGAGGAUGAGGCACGCUUUUUCUUUCAACAGCUUAUAUCUGGAGUCAGUUACUGUCAUGCAAUGCAAGUAUGCCAUCGGGACUUGAAAUUGGAGAACACAUUAUUGGAUGGGAGUCCAGCUCCUCGUUUGAAAAUUUGUGACUUCGGAUAUUCCAAGUCCUCAGUGCUGCAUUCACAACCAAAAUCGACAGUUGGAACUCCAGCUUAUAUAGCUCCUGAAGUGUUACUCAAGAAAGAAUAUGAUGGAAAGAUGGGAUCAAUGGAUAUGGAUGGAAUGGGAUAUGAGAUGCAGAUUAGAACUGUAAUCUGGCAGGUUGCGGAUGUCUGGUCUUGUGGGGUAACCUUAUAUGUUAUGUUGGUUGGAGCAUAUCCUUUUGAAGACCCUGAGGAUCCCAGGAACUUCCGCAAAACAAUACAUCGAAUUUUAAAUGUCCAGUACUCGAUCCCUGAUUAUGUCCAUGUAUCUCCUGAGUGCCGUCAUCUCAUCUCAAUGAUUUUUGUGGCUGACCCAGCGAAGAGGAUAUCCAUUCCUGAAAUUAGGAAUCAUGAGUGGUUUUUAAAGAACCUACCAGCGGAUCUCAUGGACGAGAAUAGAAUGAACAACCAGUUCGAAGAACCUGACCAACCUAUGCAAAGUGUUGACAAAAUCAUGCAGAUCAUUACUGAAGCCACUAUCCCUGCAGCGAAUACAAUAACUCUCAAUCAUUAUUUGCCCAGUAACCUGGAUAUUGAUGAUGAUAUGGAGGAGGACCUCGACAGUGAUCCUGAACUAGACAUCGAUAGUAGUGGUGAGGUAAUAUAUGCAAUGUGAUUCUGAUAGUGCCUAUGUGCUGAGAAGGUUGGUCAACCAAUGUUCAUCGAAGUUUAUCCUUGGAACUUUGGGUGAGAAAGGACAGAGGAGGCUAUCGGUUUCGUGGAAGUGGGUAUGGGUAAGGAUUUCUCUCUGUCAGCGUGAAUCCAGCAUUUUAUUGCUAUUGCCUUUCAAAGUGAAGUGGCAUUAUGUACUGCUCUGUAGUUUUGUACCACAUGAAGUGUUGACCUUGUCUUUAACUGUAACGGUGACUCCUUGUCUCCAUUUCUAGAAAGUUUGUUAUAGACUUACAGUACAUGAAAUGAUCCUUUAGAUCCAAUCUAAAAGAGCUUUGCCAUCGAG